UUGAACUAGCAGUAUUUGUUGACAUGUUGCUUAGAGCUAUCAAGUACCAUUUGAAUAAUAAAACCUAAUUCCUAUGCAUAUAUAUUGGGAAAAGGAUUAAAUACGUUCACGCUUAAAUUUCCAUCAUAAUUAAAAUCGAUUGAUUAAAAUCACGGAUCGGAUAUUUAAAUAGGAUAUAAACAAUUACUGAUAUGUACUAAACUUGUUUCCGUGCUUACAAAUACGGAUAUAUACUCGAAACAGGAAGUUUGGUUUCAGAAUGGGUUGUGCACCAAGUGCAGCGGGCGGCGAGCCCAGGAACGUACGUGACAACAGAAACGAUAAUCAUGACUACACUGGUCGGCACUCGACCGGAAACAACGGCUACGAACAGCCAAAACGUGACCGCACACCACCGCCUAGGCAACCUACCCCUCCACCUCGAGAGCCAACUCCGCCUCCACGUGAACCGACUCCGCCCCCUCGUGAACCGACUCCACCACCUCGUGAACCGACUCCACCGCCUGAACCGACUCCACCACCUCGUGAACCGACUCCACCACCUCGCGAGCCGACACCACCACCUCGUGAGCCGACACCACCUCCUCGUGAGCCAACACCGCCUCCUCGGGAACCGACACCGCCUCCACCACCACCACCAGAGGAACAUAUCCACCAGGAUAAAAAGCAAAAACGCACCGGUGGAUCAGACGGCUAUCAGCAACAAGAGAGCGGCAUUUAUGAAUGUGACUAUUUUGAGUUUCGACAGAACCCGGAGGAGUUAGACAAAGAUUAUUCAGAUCCACCUACAGGCCCACCACCAUUUGUAGACAGGGAUUUUGGCCCAGGAGUUGCAAUUAAAGGAGAAUCCGUUGAAUGGAAGAGACCACACGAGUUCCGGGAUGCGCCUGUCCUGUUUUCCGACGGAACAACACGGUAUGAUAUCGGACAGGGAAGUGCGGGUACCUGCUGGUUCUUAUCAAUGGUCGCCAUGUUGGCAGAUAAACCGAAGUUGUUCCACCGGGUAGUGCCGCAAGACGCAUGGAAUCCUGAAGGCGGGUACUUCUAUUGCUAUUUUUGGAGGUUUGGCGAAUGGGAAAGAGUUUUUAUUGACGACUAUCUGCCAAUCGUUCAUGGAACCGAACUUUGGGGUGCCAAAUCUGCCGAGGAUCGACAGGAAAUGUGGCCCGCCAUGUUGGAGAAGGCUUUUGCAAGGUUUCACGGGAACUAUAACGCAGUGUAUGGGGGCCAGUCAGGUGACGCGUUCCUGGCUCUGACAGGAGGAUGUUCGGAAUACAUCGACUUUGAUGAUGCAUUGGAAGCAGACGCUGAAGGUUCACAGAUGAAAAAAGCGAUCGCGCUUCACAUUCGCUUGAAAAAUGCAAUCAAGAACGGAGAAAGCAUGCUUACAACUGAAGUACCCAGUAAAUUUGAUGGUCAGUACGGCCUAGUGGGCGGCCAUGCGUAUUCUCUGACCGGCGCCGUCACAGUAAACAGCAAUGGCAAAAAAAUUCACCUGGUUAGAGUCCGCAACCCUUGGGGACAUACGGAAUGGAAAGGACCUUGGUCAGAUGGGAGCGGCGAGUGGGGAUCAAUAGAUUCGAACUCUGUACCUCACGCAAAUAAAGACGACGGUGAGUUCUACAUGAGCUUAAGGGACUUUAUCAAGUUCUUUUCCGGCGUUACAGUAUGCUCAAUGGUUCCGGAUUUCGAUAAAGACGGUUGCACAGAUUCUCUUAAUCACUGUACUACAAUGUUUGGAGACUGGUUUGGCGAAACCGCCGCCGGGUUCCAGAAUAGAAUAGACAACCCACGGUAUAUGUUCGAACUAACCGAUGAAGGUAUGGACGAUGACGGUAAAGUGCCCAUUGUUAUACAGAUAUGUCAAAAGCUGAAGCACCGGAAGUCGAAUAAAGUGUCAAUACGCGUCGAUUUGUACAAGAUUCUGGGUGAGAGUUCGGACGGACAACCGGUGGCCGUGAUGGAGUUACUAGGGGAGGUAACUAAUGUAUACAAGUGUGAGCGACAAAUGAGCAACAGAUACAAAGUUGAACCAGGAAAGUAUGCCGUAGUUCCGUCCACUAUGGACGCCGGUAGAGAAAAGGAGUUCCUGGUCCGAGUUUACACGCCGUCUCCGCUAUUUGAUGUCAGGGAAUUAGGACGGAACUACGCUAUAAUGGAAUCUUCCGAGUUUAAGACCCCGGAUGAGACGAUUUCUAUCAGAUAUACAGAAACUGACUUUGGGCGAUGGAGGCAGGGAUAUAAUGCCGGCGGACAGGUGUCAAAUCAAACAUUCUACACAAAUCCACACCUAGAAUUUGAGAUACCUAACAGAGGCGGAGAACAACUUGUAAACUUCACAAUAAUGCAGGAGAAAGGUAAUGAAGUAUACCCGGUAGGACUUCGGCUUUUCCAGUUGGAUCCUGGCUAUGAAAUUAAAGACAGUGAAGAACACCAGGGAUAUCUGUGGGACCACUAUGAGAGUUGUCCGAGGACAAUCGAAGGUCAACAAGGAGGUUUUGUCGCAGGUACAUCAGCUGAUAUAACACACAAGCUGAGUGCAGGGCGAUACUUCGUAUUAUUUCAUUUGGACGGCAAUAAUCAGGAGAAACGUUUCGCCGUGAUUGUAAGAUCAUCAUGCCAUCUUCAAACACGGAAGCACAGAUUUGAGUAGCACGACGUCCGACGUUUGAUCCUGAAUGACGUCACAAAUUCUGUCCACGUAGCCGUCCUGCAUCAGUGAUCACAAACAGAAUUGAAUUUUUAUAUUAAGACAGUGGCAAAUAUACUUUUUAAGACCUUAGCAGUGGAAAGCAAAAUCCCGUUUUUUUCUGAAUUAUAUGACAUUUUUAAGUCUUAUUUUUUAAAAAUCUUAAAGUGAGAACCUUUUACAGCACAAUAUUUAUGUUACUGUAUUAAUUAUGCACAUUUUUAAUGUAUUGAUUUAUACAUAAUUAAAUUAUUGAAACCAAUCAUAUCAAUAGGGUCAAAAUGGCUACAGUAUUAUUUUACUUCAGUAAAUGUUUAUUUAUACUUUUUCUUUAUAGUGGUAAACAGUGUCUGUACGCGAGGAAAGUUACACAAUUAUAUUUAAUAUUUGUAACGAGAACAGACAAUUGUGUCAAACUAAUUGUUUUAUGUCCGAAAGCUUUGGAUUUUAAGAGUUCGUUUUAACUUGUUGGGAUUUUGUGCAGUUUUACGACAGUAUUUCAGUUAUGUAACGGCGGGCUUUUAACCUAACCACUAUCCCUGGAUUAUGUACCAGUACUAACGUGUUCUCCGUAAGUAACUGCCAUCUUCUCUACACGAAUCAGUGGUGGAGGACAUAAUGAUUUCAGACACAAUGUUGAAACGGGUGGCAGUUAGCCUUACCAGUGUCUCUGUAUAUUAUAACCUAUUCUCUGCAAGUAACUGCCAACUUCUCUACAUUGAUCAGGGGUGCAGAAACAAUGUCUUUUAUCAAAUCGUCACGGAGAAAAUAUGCCUCGCCCGAGGAUCGAACUCACGACCCCGCGAUCCGUAGAUCUAUGUUCUCUUCAUUGGCUCCGUCUAAAAUUUAUGUUUUAAAUGAGGCUUCAGGUAUCGAUUCGAGCCGGUGUUUUUUGGUUUUUUUUUUGUUAUGGAUAUCUAUAAUUAGAAUAUCUAAUAGCAUACUGUGAUAAUACGUUGUGAUAUUAUAUUUAUUUUUACUA